UGAACACGAGGAAGAAGAAGAAAAAGAAGAAGAAUACAUCAAAGCAUCAAGUAGAAGACAGGUCAGGGAAAACGAAAAUCGUCAGUUGAGCUUUAAAUACAUUUUUUUAAAAUCCUCUAAUGUUUUCUCCCACCGAAUUGAGAUUGUUCUGGUAGUUUCGGAAAGUAAAAUAGCAGCCCAAGAGAGAAGAGACCGAAAUUCUACAGGAAACAGAAGGGUC